GGUAACGUUGGCGUGCAGUUCAGUCAGCAGCUGGCAGCCGUCGCGAUCCGUUCUUAUCCGAGACUUAUCACUCGCUACUUCGCUCCGAGAUGCAAACAUUCAACGGUCGGCUGGUGUUGUGUUGAUUGUGGUAAUUUGCUCGUCCGGUUGGGGUCGGAUGGUGAUUUAAGAGUUGGUGAUCCUUUUUCUCACCCUAUCUCUCGACACUCGACCGGGUGUCGUAGGUUAGGGGUGUCGGUGUGUGUGUGUGUGUGUAUGUGUGCGUGAUUUGUGCCACGUGUGCCGACGAUUGUCAACAAGUGGUUGUAUGAGUGUUCAGGAGUAGGUUUUGCGGUGACUUUCGGCUCUGGUGAUGUGUGGCUGUGCUUGUGGGCACGAUCGGGUGCAUGAUCGAUACAGUUGUCUGACUCACAUUACACAAUCAAUCUUCCUUAUACGCUCAGAACAUUUCAAUCAACCGUAAAAAAACAGUCCCAACCACCGUCCCAUUCAAAGGGACUUUGAACGUGUCGACCAGCGGUGGGGAAGCAAAAACGCACGAUUCAAAUGGUCCAAAGAAUGCAAAUUGAAUAAAAAGCUAUCGACGGUUUGGGCAGCUUCGAUUGCUAGCUGUGGCAGCAGGGUUGAAGAAACAAACGCGAUCCUAACAUGGAACCAACGAGCCCAAAACGGUGAUUGUAGUGAGGCCGGGAUCAAGCAUCAGGUGUGCGAAAGGCAUUUUAGAGUAGCAAACCCUCCGAUAAAAGGAGGUCAACACACAUACCUAACCAAAAAGCAAAAAGUAGUAGAGCAAAAGUUCGAACACUCACCAUUCAGCUUCGUUCGCCUUCGUUCUCGUUAGACCCAGACGGUUGCUUCCGUAAACCUGGAAGCAAAGGAUUUGUGGCUGCUUCCGUUGGGCACCCAUUUUUGCUCGUGACUUUCUCAUGGUGGCAUUUCGCAAACCUAUUAUUCGAAGCUUUUCUCUCAUUGUUUUCCGUUUUCCCGUUUUUUUUUUAUCUAGUUCUGGUUAGGUAGGUUUUGCUUACAAAUUCCGCCGAGAGGUUGAAACAGUUCCGCCGAGGGAACGAACCUAGGAGUCGAAGCAUUUCGUAGUGGAAGGAAGCUCGCGUCCGGCAGAUAACUGUUAACCGAGACGGGGCAACCGCAAACCCAAACAAAAGCUAUCGAUCCGACCGGUUUGACGGAAUGACGUAGGUACUGUUAGCUUUUGUAGUUGUUUAGCGUCAAACGAAACUACCCGUCAGCUAACCUGAAUAGGGCGAGAAACGGAGAGUCUUCGCGAACCCCUGCAUAAAAAUAAAAUCAGGCACUAUCGGAGGUCGGAGCCACUGUAUCAACAAACUCGCCGCUCUGAAAAACAACAGCCUCACGGGUGGGAAAGCAUCGCGUGUGAUAGUGCAAUUAGUUACCGCUCAUCGUAUUUCGCUCCUGAAGUUAAAGCACACCUUCACCUUGGAGGACACCGUCAAACACCGAUCGUGUGUGUACGAUAGUGAGGCGCGUUCUGUGCCAACCAGGUACGGUAGGUGAUUAAUAUCGGUGACCCGACCCGACCGGCCCAGGUCAAACCCAUCAACCAGCCACAACUGUCGACAAAAACCGGGACGCGCCAACUAAUCACUAAAAACAAAGCCAACCAACACAGACACACGCGACAACAUGGGUGUCAAUUCGUCGUCCCGGCAUGAUGCGAACUUUCUGUCGGAUGAAGACGUGAACUUCGACCACUUUCAAAUACUGCGCAACAUUGGCAAGGGUAGCUUCGGUAAGGUGUGCAUCGUGCAGAAGAAAGACAGCGGCAACCUGUUCGCGAUGAAGUACGUUAGCCGAAACGUGUGCAUCGGCCGUGGUGCACUCGGCGGUGUCCUGAAGGAGGUGGAACUGCUCGCCUCCCUGGAGCAUCCGUUUCUCGUCAACCUAUGGUUCUCGUUCCAAGAUGAAGAGGAUUUGUUCAUGGUUUGUGAUUUGUUGGCCGGUGGCGACUUACGGUAUCAUUUGCAGCACCAGGUGGAAUUUUCGGAGGCCGGUGUGAGCUUGCUGGUUUGUGAGCUUGGUUCCGCGCUGGAUUAUCUACAGAAGCAGCGAGUGGUGCACAGGGACAUUAAACCGGACAACAUCCUGCUGGACGAGGAAGGUCAUGCGCAUCUGACGGACUUCAACAUCGCUACCCGGUUGCCACCGGACGGGCUGGCCUGUAGCAUGUCCGGCACCAAACCGUACAUGGCUCCCGAAGUGUUUAUGUGUGCCUUAGAGGAAGUCGCCGGUUAUAGCUAUCCGGUCGACUGGUGGAGCCUGGGCGUCGUUGCGUACGAGCUGCGCAGCGGUAGCCGACCGUUUGUCGUCCACUCAUCGACACCGCUUGCCGAGGUGAAAAACGUACUCAACACGCAACCCCACUAUCCACGCCACUGGAGUGAGAACUUCGUCGAUCUGCUUGCCAAGCUGCUCAAUGUACAUCCAGGCGCACGUAUCAGCACACUGAAGGAACUGCAUCUAACGAAACUGUUGCGCGGCACCGAUUUGGAGCGCGUGCUCAACAAGCAGACCAACCCACCAUUCAAGCCUUCGAAGGAUCAUCUUAACUGCGACCCAAGCCUGGAGCUGGAGGAGAUGAUCGUCGAGACGAAGCCGCUGCACAAGAAGAAGAAGCGCCUGGCAAAGCAACGGUCCGUGCACAAGGAAAACAACGAUCAGCUGCACAGCCAGCUCGAGACGCAGCUACUCAAGGAAUUUCUCGUGUACAACCGCUACAAAGAGCUUAAACGCAAGGCGAUGGAGGAGAAGGAGUCCGAAUGGCAGGAGGAGCUCGAUCAGGCGAUGGCCAACUCGCACGUAUCGAGUCCCGGUGCGCUGCCCGAUCGCUGUCUCGAGACGAUCAGCGAACGCAGCGAACCGGUGUCCGGUGGUACGCCCGCAUCAACCGGACCGUCGGUAAACUCGUGCUCGAUCGAACCGCUCCCAUCGGCGAGUGCGACGGCCGGUCGGUCAGCGGACACGAUCGACUAUAUUGACCGGACACCGUCACCGAGAAGCAGCAUAUAGAAGCUGCUGCCCAGAUCGGGCGAGUCCUGCCAAAUUAUCUGAGGACAUCCGGAGACCUCGGAUCCCGGACUCUUGGCUUGUGAUACACUCAGCGGUAUGCCCGAUGCCACCGCCGCAGGAAGAGACUGACAUCCCCACCGCUCGAUACUACACACACACACGCAACACGCUUCAUUCACACACACAUGUAAACAACUUUAUAAAGACGCAGCCGAAUCGCGCUGCCCGGUGCAAGAUGGUGUAGAGCUAUUGCACAGUGUGACUGGGCAGUACACACAUAACACCGGAGGCAAUCAUUUACUACUACUCUACGUUGACCGACAAUCGGUACGGCUGCGAAAAACUACACCCUCGCACACACACACACAUAUUUUCACAUUUAACAGCAAACAAAAACUACAUUUAGCUCGUAAGCAACGAAAAGGUGCUGAAAACCCCCGAUUGAACGCUCCGUGCGUAUGGAGCAGGCUGUCUUAUCCACAUACACCGUAGUAGAGGAACGUUGUUGUUAUUUCCCCAUUUUCUGUCUAUACGUUCGGUCUCCGGGCGCUGUUUAGCAAAACUUUAGCGGUAUCAAAUCAAGGUGACGAAGUUACGGACGGUUUGAACCACUAGUCAAUUUCCAGUGCCGGCGAUCGAUUGCGCCGCGUCAGUACCGGCGAGAUGCAAUUUAUCACAUACGACACACACAUUUACACACAGGAAGACGAACGCUUACUAUGGCUUUUUGGAGUGGGAAGAAGUCAUUGAUGUCUUGUAGUAUUGCAUGUACGAUUCCCAGCUCCUCAAGUCCAAGGGGUCUUAACUCCCUCUUCUACACACCUAUUUGUAUAUCCUCUUGAUCGAUUUUACGCUCCCGUGCUUUUACACAAACCAAGCCGUCAUAAAUCACCCAGUCGUUUCUCAAAGCUGGCUGUCCGCUGGCGCUGCUACCCUGCCUACCUUCCAGGUGACUGCUGACUCAGACGAAAACAACGCACAACAAGGCAACGUACCGAGCGCAUUUAAUUAGCCAGUAACAAAAAGAAGAAAAAAAACGAUGUAGAACAUGUAUGUUAGUUGGUCAAAUGCUGUGAAAUAAAGAAAUGGAAACUAAGCUAACACAUAGCGUACCCAGUUGGAAAAGGGAAAAAGAAAGCAAUCAGCAGCAGAAUAUGUGCUCGUCGA